UGUAGCACCCGAUGGCUGACGGCCAGAAUCUCACCAAACGACAACAACAUCUUCAUCAAUGGUGGGCAGUCCAACAUCAUCACGAGCAAUGGCAAGACCCUCCAAUACGGUACGGGAAACAUCAACUACAGUGGCUAUAAUGGACACUCGAUCAACGUGGUCAAUGGCGUCAUCACGCUGAAGGAGGGCGGCAAGCAGUACACGUUCGAGACACAGCCGCCCAACGUCGAGAAGAGAGAGGCGAUUGUCAUCAACGGCCAGUCCGCCACAGUGCAGUACUCUCACGGCGAUGUCAUUGUAGAGCUAGCCGAUCAAACGGUGAUUGCCAUUGUUGGUAAUACCUUCUUCAUUGGCGAUAGCACAUCCUUUGAGAAUCGGGACAAGCUGCAAGAGGAGGCCAAAAAGUAUGCCGAGAACAUCCAGCGGCAAGUGCAAGAAGGCCUAAAGAAAACGCUCCAGCAGAUGAACGAGGAUCUCCAGAGGAGUCUGGGGAACAUUCGCUUCUAGGCGAGUGAAGCAAAGCAUCUAAA